AGAUCCGAUUCCAUAGAACGAGUCGUUUACGAAUCGGACGUCGCUAGUCUGCAUUAUCACGUUGUUUGUGUGUGGGAAUACCGUACGCGCGAUAAAACACCAACUCACAAAGCAUUACUGACUACAGAUUUACUCGAUUAUGCUUUGCAAAUACAUCGGUAUUUCGUUUUGCGAAUAAUAACUCUCUUUACUUUACGGCAACGUUAGCAUAUUAUUAGCCGUCCGGUUCUACAGCUUUUGUGUCUAAAUAAUGUGCUAUUUGCUGCUAUCGACUAUGAGCCUAUGCUUUGAAGCAUGAGUUAUGAUAGGUAAUGUAUUUGUAUCAAUCACAUGGAGGUGAACAGGAACAACUUAUGCAUAGAGAAGUGCUAGUUAGCCAGCUAGCUGAGUAGACUGAAGUGCUAUGCAUCAGCUUGCUCCUGGUCCUCCUCUCAGCUUUUGGAUUGCUGACAUUGACAGAGACAUUUAGAUAUUAAAUGAGCCUAAAGCCCUGGCACUUGCGUUACAUGGGAAAUCACAAUGUCGAGGAUUCUUCUGGGCCUGGUAAUGCUUGGAUGCACUGUUGCUGUUGAAGAUGUUCAAGCCUUUGACGACCCGAUCACCAGGCUUGUGAAUGAAAAAGCAGGUGAGCGGUGCUCGGGUAGAGUGGAGGUGCGUCAUGGGCAUCAGUGGGGCACCGUGUGCCAGCGUGGUUGGGAUCUGGAGGAUGCCGCAGUGGUUUGUAGAGAGCUGGACUGCGGCGUCGUGUUGGACAUUCCAGGCGGCGCUCGUUUCGGACGGGCCGGUGGAGAAGUGCUGUGGAGGAAUGUGAAAUGCUCGGGUGACGAGUUUGCCCUGGAUCUGUGUGAACGCACCCUCAAUGAUGAUGUGUGUACACACAGUGAGGAUGCUGGAGUGGAGUGCACAGGAAAACUUCUAGCACCCACCUUGUCAAUUCAGUCUCGCUUCUACACCUAUUCGGCAGCAGAGGCUGUUCACUUUAAAUGCACUGCCCCAUACUGGCAGUCUGUCAUUGACUUCCAUCUGUACAAAAGAGGUGUGGACACACCGCUAGUGACCCAGAGAGCCGAUCCCAGACAAAUGACGGUGGAUCUGACUCUGUCAGACUUAGAAAUCUCCCAUCAGGGCAGCUACAGCUGUCUCUACAGGAUACACACCAAACUAGGAAACUCUCCCUCAGGGUUUUCUCCACACAGCAACUUCAUUAACAUCACAGUCUUGGAGAUUCACACUCCCCAAAUCUGGUACAACACUUCUCCUGAGGCCCGGCCGGGUUGGGUCAUCCGGGGCCACAGUUUUAAUGUCACCUGCUCCACGCAGCCUCAGUAUCCAGGAGGAUCCUUUCAGCUGCGGCUCAUCAGGCCCAACGGGACCGUCCGGCACUCUCUGCCGGCCCUCGCUCCCUCCGUCACCUUUACCUUUUCCAAUGCCCAGUCCAAUAAUGAGGGCUACUACUGCUGUCUCUACAAGGUCCAGACUGGAGAGCGCACAUUUAUAUCGAGGGAGAGUCAGCCUUUACCUAUUUCUAUUCGAGAAGUAGAUCCGGUGAUGAGCCCGGUGUUCAUCAGUUUACUGGUGUCCAGUUUGACAUUUGUGGUGGCCACAUGUGCCAUUCUGAUUGUUGCCAAAGUGUACUGCAAGAGAGUGAGCAAACCCACUGAACUGGAGCGAGGGAGAGCGCAGACACCUGUGAGUAACUGUAAACUCAAAAUAUUUAAUCAUUUGUGUUUCUUUUACUGACAGGUUAUAUUUCAAUUACAGGUGUUGACAACACAUACAUUGCCUUGACAAUCAAGUAAUGGAAGUUCUAAAAGAAGGUGGCAGUCCUGGUCUGGGCUAUUGUUUCACAGUUGGAAAGGAAACGGUAGACACCCAUGUUGAUGAGUACUUGUGUGAAGGCAUUAAAACUCUAGUUUAAACAAGUACAAUUACUUUUUUAUUGCUCAGUAUUACUUGAGGAGAGAAAAGGCAAAGGCACUGGACAAUGAAUCAGAAAUUAAUAAAGGCAUAAUGUAAGAAAGUAAUGUUUUUUGUAUACGUUUUUUUGUUUCAGUAACUAGAAACUGGUCACUUGUUGGUGUUUCAGAGGACUGGCCAAACCAAAGGGAAGAUCUAAGUUUGAAGAACCACAGAAACCACCAUUUCUUACAAUCUGCCAUUCUUUGUCAGGUAAGAGAGAAACAUUUCGAUUGUCAUUGGUUGGAGGUUUUUCUUUCAGUGUUACUGGAGAUGGGAGAUUUUUUUUCUUUGAAAGUAAAUGCUGACAUCACUAGACUUGAAGAGGGGUGGACAUUACAACACAAGCUCUUGCACUAACAAGGUUAAAAGGGCUUUUUAGUUUUCGGAGGGUACCAUGUCUCUCCCAUCCUGAGGGCUUCCCAUUAUUGUUGCAGGUAAAGACUGUAAAACUGUGAAAUGUUUUUGUUUGUUUUUUUUAGGGGGGGGGGGGGGGGGUUCUUGUGUUUCUUUGUAUUUUUCAAGGGCCUUUAUAAUUUAAAAUGAUAUAUUUAUUGUUUUCUCUACUACAGUUCUUAUGUUUGGUUAAUCACAGGUGGGACAGACAGCCUAAGAACAAGCUCUAUCGCAUUAGGUCACUACAGGGAUAUAAAAAAGUAUUAUUAAUUGUGUUUUUACCUGGAUUGUUCAUUUGUUCUUU